CACGCCUUAAAGCAAUUUGGAAGGCGGACGUUGGAAGCGAUUCUUCAGCGACGCAUCGCGGCUACUAUAGUUACCAUCCAAUGUUAACGACACGGAGUCACCGUAUUGUAUUCAACGUUAAUAACCACGAAAAAUGGAGUUACCAGUUACGUAUUGUUUGUGUGGACGUUCUUAUGAUUCCGAACAAUUUAUGAUACAAUGUGACGUCUGCAAAGAGUGGUACCACGGGGGGUGUGUAUCCAUAAAGGAGUACAUGACCAUAGACCUCGAUAAGUAUCACUGUUCACGUUGCGAAGCUAUGUGUGGGCCCUCUCUCAUGAAAGUAAAAUUGAACUGGCAUAGACACGAUUACACGGAGAUAGAUGCAGAUAAUAAGCCAGUUCAGACUGGAACGCCAGUAUUUAUAAGAGAAUUAAAGUCUAGACACUUUCCGAAAGCCGAUGAAAUUGUUAAACAUGUGAGGGGCCAACAAUUAACUUUUCAAUACUUGCAGACAAAUGCAUUUGAAAAUCCUAUUAUUAUUGAUGGGAAGGAUGGAUUGGAUAUGGUUGUCCCCCCUCCAAACUUCAGCGUUUAUGACGUGGAAAGUUACAUAGGUGGAGACCGAGAGAUGGACGUGAUCGAUGUGACAAGACAAAGCAAUAUAAGAAUGAAAUUAAGAGACUUUGUCGAGUAUUACAAUUCCCCUUGCAGGACAAGGGUUCUUAAUGUGAUUAGUCUUGAAUUUACAAACACUGGUCUUUCACCAAUGGUCGAAGCACCAUACAUCGCGCGUAAACUCGACUGGGUCAACUCUGUUUGGCCGCGCGAUUGGUCCGAGGAUAGUGACAUAAAACGUCCUGAAGUACAAAAAUAUUGCCUAAUGGGGGUCAAAGACAGUUUCACAGAUUUCCAUGUUGAUUUUGGCGGCACGUCCGUGUGGUACCAUGUGCUGCGUGGGGAGAAAGUGUUUUACCUGAUUAGGCCGACUCCCGCGAAUUUACAGUUGUAUCAGCACUGGAUGUGCAGUUCGACCCAGAGUGAAACCUUUUUCGGAGACCAAGCAGACGCGUGUUACAGAUGUGUUUUAAAACAAGGCCAAACUAUGAUGAUUCCAACAGGAUGGAUACACGCUGUUCUGACUCCGGUUGAUUCGUUGGUUUUUGGUGGAAACUUUGUACAUAGUCUCAACAUUCCGAUGCAGAUACAAAUAUACGAAUUAGAGAAGAAAAUGAAAACACCCACGAAAUUUCAAUAUCCAGGUUUUGAGACAAUCAAUUGGUUUGCAGCAAAGAAAUUGUUAAAGGAAUUGAAAGAAUUGAACAACGAGGGAAAGAAGUGCCCGCCGUAUCUUUUACAGGGCGUUAAAGCGUUGCUUAGUAUUCUCAAACAAUGGAACACGGAUAAAGACUACAAUAUGAUUAGCAGGGGACAGAUACCGGAGAAUAUAAACAGCCAGAAGUUACUGAAAGAUUUUAGCAAGGAGAUUCGUCACGCGGAACGAUAUUUGAUAUCGUUGAAUCCUCCGAAACCGGAGCGGGAGAGUAAACGAAAAAAAAAGAAACCGUUGAACAAAGAUUUCGUCGACUACGACGUAGCCGACAGAAUGGUCGAUAACCCAUUCAAAACGACUCUGAAAGAAACGAAUAAAGUUGAAACCACGAUUCGUGAACCACUGCCGUCCGGGCGACCGCCUUUAAAAUUAACUUUACCCAAACCCAUCAUGUACCCGUACGUGAAGACUCAGGGCCCAUCAUUGGAAGAGAAACCCAGCGGACCUCCGAAUAGUAAACGGUCCUCGAAGCCAGGAAAACAGAGCCCGACUGUAAUUAGAUUUAAAUUAGGCAACAACGAGGUUGUGAGAAGUACACACGACUCCAUCAAUGUAUAUAAAAAUUUAUCUUCGGAUCACCCGCUAGACACAACGAAAGAUCUGACAUGGAAACAGACUUCUAUAUACGAUUUCCACGAUGGUAGCAACGAGAGCGAUUACGGUCGAUUGACAGUGGAUGAAUCUCCAAAACGAAAAAAAACGCCGAGAACGAAUGCACAGAAACGCGUGAAACGCGAUUACGACGGCGACGUAGAUAUCUUGAGCGAUGUACCAAAAAAUGGAAUCGAAGAACUGUUAAAAGCCUCAGCCUACACUUUAGGAAACGGUACUCAAAGAUUGGACGUAACGUCUACGGUGAUACCACAGUACAAUCAACCAAUGCCACCUCCUACAGGUUCUGGCAGGGCUUCACCGUCGACGCGAGAAGCAAUCGCUGGGAUGCUCUCGUUCAGCGAGCAGUGCUAUUCUACCACGUCCGACAACACAUCCAAAUCCACGAAAACCGCUAAAACGAAACCGCAAGAGGAUGACGAUGAUGACGACGAUCAGUCGAUAGAAAAUAUCGAUAAAGUUCAUCAAGAUGACGAUUUCAUUUACCCGGCACUGGACGCUUCGGACGACGAGGAUUAUAUAUUUAAAUCGAAGUCUAAGAGUCAAAUAGACGAAGCGUGGAAUCCAAAAGCGAGGGUGGGACCUUUGUUGCCCAAAACAAAUCGUCCAGCUCGGGAAGGUGUAAAGAAAACGUCUGUUGAGAAGGGUUUAGAGGCGGCCGCGGCGAAACGAGCCAAACAAUCGGAUGAUUAUCUGGAUAACAACAUGGAGAAGGGCUCCAAGAAAAAAUUGUGUACAGCUAAGAGGACAUACAAUAAAAAGAAGCCGAAGUCCUUGCCUGUCAGCACGGCGGGUGGAACGUCGACUUCAUCUUCGGAAGACUGUGAAAAGAGGAAUAUAGGAUUUGGCUCAAUACUAACAAGUCCUAACAGACUAAAGGAUGUUAAAGCGAAAUUGGCUGCCCCGGUUCCAGUUGAACGGAAACCAAAGAAAGGGAUGAAAACAGCGAAACAACGGUUGGGAAAGAUUUUAAAGUUACACAAAAUGAUGCACUAAGUAGCAAAAGAGAUCUGUCUUGUGAACAAAUUGAACAUCACGUCAUUUUUUUCAUUUGUGUAUAAAAUUCAUCGGUAAACAUUACGUUUAGAGGAGGCAGUUCGAAUAAGCUUGACCUUAACAUAUGUUGUCAAAGUUAUCAUUCUGAACAACUUCUCCCUAUGGAUGUUACCGUCGUUUGGCCUUCGUUUCCGAGAUACUUACAAAAAUAGUUCUAUAUCUACAUAUGUGGUAUAUGUAUGUUGUCGGCAAUGGGUGAAUAUUACGAUUAGAGAAGGUAACUCCGAUGACCUUGAUCUUGAGACAUGUUGUCAAGGACAUUAUUCUGAAAAGCUUUUCUCUAUUCAUGUUACCGUCACUCGGUCUUCGUUUCCGAGAUAUUUACGAAAAUAGUUCUAUAUCUAUAUGUUACCAGCAAUGCUUUAGGUCUUUAUCAAAAUAUGUUAGGUAAUUAUUAACUUAAUUCUUGGAUAUUUCAUACUUUGCUGAAAAAUAUGAGGCAUUCUAUACAAUGCCUGUAUUUCACACAUUGUCCAUAACAUGUAUACUAGGAAAAAAGACAAACUUAACCCAGACCUAACCUUGAUAUAACCUAAUAUAAAAAUAAUUUUCGGAUAUUUCACACUUUGCCUGAAAACGUCAGACAUUCGAUACAAUGCCUGCAUUUUAUACAUUACUAGUAACGUAUAUGCAGAUAUAGAAAAACUAUUUUUGUAAACAUCUCGGAAACGAUGGCCAAGCAACUGUAACAUCUAUAGGGAAAUUUGUUGAGAAUGAUGACCUUGAUUGACAUCAUACAUCAAGGUUAAGAUUAUCCCACUGCCCCCCCCCCCCUCCCUAAACGUAAUAUUUACCAAGUCAUCUAAUAGAUGUACAUUGCUAUGUAAAUAUACCUUAUUCGUUAAGGGUAGCAUAUUUACCAUAAGAUUCUAGUUUUAAACACUACGACCGCUUUCUUUUUUAAAAGAUAUAUUUAUAUUUAUUGUAUCUCACUAUUUAAUUGUAAGAGGGUAUUUAGUGCAUUUUGAUACUGACUUCAAACAGGUCGACAAGGCGUUAUUCGCGAUUCGGUAAGCACUUUGUCGAAAAUUUUCCUAAACACGCGAUUUGAUUUUAACGAUUCGAGUUGGAAACAACUCGGUAAAAGAACAAAUUUAUUAACUUAUGUAUGUAUAGAGGCUGUAGCUUACUAAUAUUUCUUUUAAUUAACUAUUGAAUAGUUAAAAUAAAUUCUACACGUCACAAUGAUUAUACGACAAUUGAAGGGACGUUGGAACCGGUUAUUCGGGUUCUGCAUAUUUGCUAACAAAUUUUUUACCUAAUUGUACAUUAUAGCGAUUUCGGUGAUUCGUACUUACGCGCGCAUGGAGAUUAUAGGAAAUUAUCAUAUCAUCUCGAUUCACGAUAAUAUUUAUUAAUUUAUCUUAUAGAAUAAGUUCCAUCCAUUUAAACAUAAGCGAGACUAUAAUCCAUUUUACAAUAAUGAUUUCAUUUAUUUUUAUUUCGUCAACGGAUGUACAUAAAUUCUUUUAUAUUCAUCUACAACAUUGUAACCAAUAAUGCAAAUGCAAGAGAACAAUGCAAGAAUUGCACUUACGCAUUGACUUUGUUACUUCGAUUUUACGUCGCAAUAUGCACCGAAUUCACAUUUUUUUAUUGUAUAAGGAUACAUCAUUGACUCUGCAAAUAAGAAUUACCAUGGGACUGGUAUAGUAUUAAUAACCGUUAGUUUUUAUAUACUUACCCAACAAUAACUGAUUGUUAGAUAAUUUUUGGACAUUAUUGUGAAAUAAGUAUUUUUCUUGCAAAUAAAGACUUCAAGUAUCGACAUCA